AUGAGGGCCAAUGAGAGAGCAGAGAAAGAUAACAUCGAAGGCAUCACCAAGCCAGCCAUCAGACGUCUUGCUUUACGAGGAGAUGUCAAGCGUAUCAGUGGACUGAUCUACGAAGAGACCCGAGGAGUGCUCAAGAACAGCUUGGAGAGCGUGAACAGGGAUGUUGUAACCUACAUCGAGCAUGCCAAGAGGAAGACAGUUGUAACCAUGGACAUCGUCUACGCCCUCAAGAGACAAGGCAAGACCUUGAGACAGAGAUACGUUGCGACCGGGUCUGCAUUUGCUUACUUGGACAACCUCUACUCUGUCGUUAUUGUUGGACCUACCAAGAGUAACCCGACGGAAGAGGGUCUAGAGGGAAGGAGAAAGUGCCCAGAAGGACGAAGAGGGUGCAAGAAGGAGGGCUAA